AUGAAGAUGAACUGGAAGCUUAUUUUUUGCCCUGGAUUCCUUCUGCUGCUUACUGUCAGUCAGAACCAAGGAUGGGCCAGGCCCAUUUCCAGCUUACAGAGUUUGUCCAAACUGCUAGAGGAGGAUCUGGAACAUCCCUUGGUCUCAGAAGAGAGGGACCAACAGCAAGAAGACAUGAUCCCAAUGGAUGCUUUUGGUCAGCAAGAUUCUGAAUUCCAGUGGAUCCAGAAGACCAGAGAGCAGCCUGAGAGCCUGUCCACAAGUGACAGCGCUGUCCAGAAGUUCCUCAGCAACCUCCUGAGUUUGCCCCGUAGAUACCGGGGCAGAAGCAAAAAGGGCCUUUCCAGGGGCUGUUUUGGUGUCAAGCUGGACAGAAUUGGGUCACUGAGUGGACUGGGAUGCUGA